AAAGGAUGAGAAUGACUCUGCAACCCAUAUAGUUAAACGCAGCUAGAAAUAGGAGAAGAGGCAUUCAAAGCUGAACAUCCCCAUCAUUGCCUUUAACACCACUUUGUUUUCAGAGCUGCAGCUUUGAGUUAAUGAAGUUCACAUAUAGAGAGUGUUACCUCAAUAAUGUAUUGCAGCCAUGGGAAAAAGUUCGUCCAAACCUGAGCCCCCCACAUCUCCUCCGACUUUUGAUGAACCAUGGAGGAAAAUACAAUGGGGCAACAAAGAGAGAUAUCUGCUGGAAGUGAAGAAUUAUCAACCCCAUAACAAUGAGCUCCAACAUCUGAGAAUUCUUCUUCAUGGACCAGCUGGUGCUGGAAAGUCCAGUUUCAUCAACUCAGUCGACAGUGUUUUACAAGGCAGAAUGGCUGGUCGAGCUUUGACAGACGCAACCUCUAAGGAGAGCUUCACCAAAACAUACAGAACUUACAAGAUCCAAAAAGAAGAACCAGGGACCCUUUACCCUUUUGUCUUCACUGACAUCAUGGGCCUUGAGAAGGACUCAAACAAAGGGGUUGGAGUACAGGACAUCAUACUGGCUAUGAAGGGACACGUAAAAGAGGGUUACAAAUUCAAUCCUGUUACUCCAUUAUCUGAGGACGAUCAAAACUACAACAGCUCCCCCAGUCUAAGUGACAAAGUUCAUGUUCUGGUUUGUGUGAUUGCCGCUGACACAUUUAGUAUACUGGAUGAAGAAACAAUGAAAAAGAUGAGGGAGGUCAGACUUGCUGCCAGUGACAUGGGGAUUCCCCAACUGGCUAUUCUCACCAAAAUUGAUGAAGCCUGUCCUGAAGUCAAAAAAAAUAUAAGGGACGUGUAUAAGAGCAAGUACCUGAAGCAACUGAUGGAGGAAUUGAAUGUGAGGCUGGGUGUUCCACUGAACUGCAUCUUUCCUGUGAAGAACUACCACAAGGAAAUCGACAUUGAUGAUAACAUUGAUGCGCUGAUUCUGAGCUCACUGAGACAGAUGAUUAACUAUGGAGAAGACUUUGUCAAUAGCCUGUAGAUCUACAGUGCUGUUGUUGAAAUUGCAGGUCUGCAAAACAUUUAUAUGACAUGAUGAAUAUGCAUGCACAUAGACACACACACCUAUUAUUAAUGAGCCUACACACUGUACACAUAUACUGCCAUCAAUUAGAGACCUUACAUGCACACAUACAUGUAUACAUGUCAAAUAAUUGUAAAAUGAUGUAAAUUGUUGGAAAAAUUGUGAUACUUUAUGAUAAACAUAACCAUCUUAAAGGGAAAUUGUAUUAUCCUGUAUAGAACUUUCCAUUAUUGUGUCUACUUUAAAGACAGGUGUUGUCAGAGAGCCACUACACCAAAACAUUAGCUAUGAAAGGGCAUGAAUCGAGUCUCUAUUGUGUUUGUCUCAUUUCAGCAACAAUGUAAGGUCACUCUCACAUAUUCUGUGUAUAAAUUCUGUGUGAAUCUUGCAUCCUUUGAACAUUUGCACUGUAAGCUCUGGUGUGUAACUUGUUCCCUUUCUGCAAGAAUUAAUAUCCUACUCUUGUGAAUUUUCAGAUGGUGUUCCUGAGUUAAUUGAUAAUUUGCUUAACAUAAAUGUAAAUUUUAUAUGAUCAUGUCUCAUGUAUGAGAAUUUGCUAAAUUUAACUAAUGCAGUCUUGGUAGUGAAGGUGUGACCUUAGGAAUCCCUUGCCAUAGACAAGGGGUUGCAAAUUAGCCUUGGCUAGAAAUCUUAUAUGCAACACAUAGACAUCUGUAUGUCUACGCAUGUUAUUGUAGCCUGUUACAAUGUUUCUUGCAUUGUCCCUGACAAAAAAAUAAAAUGCUCCCACUGAACA